AUGGAUUUCCCAAAGAGUCUUCUAUUUCUCAUGCUGGUGGUGGCGGCUGUCAGUGCCAGAUCGACCCUUAUGAGCCGAAUGGAUAUCGCUCCUAGAGGAUGCAAAUGGCAACGAGUGCUGGACGAGAAUGCCGAGGACGAAAACACCGUGACGACGGUUCUGUCCUGCAAGCUGAAAACAAUUGGCGGCACCGAUACGUUGAUGCGUAAUUUGAGCUCCUAUCAGAUCGAAAGAAUCAAUUCGCUGAAGCUCGAGUGCAGUGAUAUUCUGUUCUUCGAGAGCUCGCUCGAAGCCAAUCAGCAUUCGGGGGCCUUCCUGGGAUCGCUGAAGCGCCUUCGUGAUCUAAAGAUUGAAUAUUGUAAAAUUAAGUAUGUGCCUUCGAUGGUCCUGUCAACGCUGAGGGACCUUCGGUCGCUUUCACUGCGAACCCACAACACCGACUGGUCCGCUAUGAAUCUGGAAUUUCACCCGGAAAGUUUCCGAGGGCUGACGGAGCUGAAGCGGCUCGACCUGGCCGAUAACAACAUCUGGAGUUUGCCGACUGACGUAUUCUGUCCACUGUUCUCGCUGAGACAGCUGAAUUUAACCAAAAAUAGGCUUACCGACAUUUCCCAGCUGGGAUUCUCCGAUUGGGGAAAUGGCCCAACAGCACCGGGAAAAGCAUGCAACACUGGACUGGAGGUGCUGGAUUUGUCCCACAACGACAUCCUGUCACUGCCCGAUAACGGAUUAUCGUCGCUGCGGUCGUUAAAUGUUCUGCUAAUUCAGGACAAUUUGCUCACUUCGUUGGCUGACCGCGCUUUUGUUGGGCUGGGAUCGCUCAAAGUGCUUAACAUGUCAAGCAACAAACUGGUGGCUUUGCCACCGGAACUGUUCCAGUCCCCACGUGAACUCCGACAGGUUUAUCUACAGAACAACUCGCUAUCCGUGUUGGCCCCCGGCCUGCUGGAGGGCUUGGACCGUCUCGAAAUACUAGACCUUUCACACAACGAACUGACAUCGGAGUGGAUCAAUCGUGACACCUUCGCCGGCCUGAAGCGUCUCGUCGUUCUGGACAUCAGCCACAAUGGGCUGACGAAAAUCGACCGACACGUAUUUCGUGAGCUGUACAGUCUACAGAUACUGAAUCUGGAAUCGAACCUCAUCGAAACGAUUGCCGACAAUGCAUUCAGCGAUCUGAAAAACCUCGUCGCCCUAACACUGUCCCACAACAAGCUGAAACGAAUCGACCAGCACCACUUCAGCGAACUGUACGUCCUCAAUCAACUGUACAUCGAGUCGAACAGCAUCGAAUCGCUGCACUCGCGUGCACUGGAAAAUCUCACCAAUCUGAACGACCUCAAUCUCAACGACAACCGGCUGACGGAAAUCCCGGAAGGGCUGGGAAAGCUGCGCUUCCUCAAAUCGUUGGACCUGGGCAAAAACCGUAUUGUCACCGUGAAUAAUGCAUCAUUCGAGGGGCUCGAACAACUGCUCGGCCUUCGGCUGGUGGAAAACCGGAUUACCAACAUUUCACGGGACGCAUUCGUAACCCUGUCGUCGCUGCACGUGCUAAACCUGGCAUCGAAUCAGAUUCGCCACAUCGAUCAGUCGGCCUUCAGCUCGAAUCCCACCAUCCGGGCCAUUCGGCUGGACAAUAACGAUCUGGAAGACAUCAGCGGAGUGUUUACGUCGCUUCCGGCGCUCGUCUUUUUGAACGUGUCGGAUAAUCAGAUCCGGAACUUUGAUUACAGCCAUCUGCCGACGUCGCUCGAGUGGUUGGAUAUGCACCAGAACAACAUCACGGAACUGGGCAAUUAUUACGAUUUAAACAAUCUGCAGAUUAAGAUGCUGGAUGUGUCGUUCAAUCGGUUGGUCACCGUGGAUAAUAAGAACAUUCCGGACAGUAUCGAAACGCUGUUUCUCAACAACAACGUGCUGGAGGAAGUAACGGCUGGAACUUUUCUGAACAAGAAGAACCUGGAAAAGGUGGUGCUGUAUGGAAAUUAUAUUAAAAAGCUGGAGAUUGGGGCGUUGGCGUUGACACGCGUUAGCGACGACCGCGACAUGCCCCAGUUCUACAUUGGGGACAAUCCGAUCCACUGCGAUUGCACGAUGGAAUGGUUGCAGGGCAUUAAUAAGCUGUCACAUCUGAGACAGCACCCGCGGGUGAUGGAUUUGGAUACGGUUAUGUGUACGAUGGAGCACGAGCGGGGAGCGUCGAUCCGCCCGCUGAUGGAUCUGAACUCGCACGAUUUCCUGUGCCAGUACGAGACGCACUGCUUUGCGACGUGCCAUUGCUGUGAUUUCGACGCGUGUGACUGUAAGAUGACCUGUCCGGAUCGGUGCAGCUGCUAUCACGAUCACACCUGGAAGACCAAUAUCGUGGAUUGUGGUAGUGCCGAUUACACCGAAGUGCCGGAACAUAUUCCCAUGGAUGCGACGACCAUCUAUCUGGAUGGGAAUGAACUGAAACAACUGGCAAGUCAUCAGUUUAUCGGGAAGAAGAAACUGGAAGUGCUUUAUCUGAACAAUAGUAACAUUGCGAAUGUGCAUAAUAGGACAUUUAACGGAAUACCGAGUUUGAAAGUGUUGCAUCUUGAGAACAAUUACAUUGAAGAGCUUCGUGGUUUCGAGUUUGAUCAGUUGAGCAAUUUGAACGAACUGUAUUUGGACCAUAAUACGAUCGGUUACGUGGGUGAGAAGACAUUCGAGAACUUGAAAUUCCUGGAAGUGAUCAAUCUAAGUGACAAUAAGAUCAGUGAGUUUUUGCCCUGGCAAGCGCUGGCUGCGGCUUCGGAAACCGGAUCGUUGAACAAAGUUUCGCUCGAAGGCAACCGGUGGCGUUGUGAUUGUGAAUCGUUGCACAAACUGCAACGCUGGAUUAGAGACGUUAAUGGUGACUUUGACAUUAAUCGAAUGAUUUGUGCGGACAAUAGAGUGGUUGGUGAUGUGAUAAGCUCGUGCGAAACUCGGCUGGAGUUCAGUAAUGAAGUUGCGCCUCCGGCAGUGCAUCGGACUGUGCUGAUGGGCCACGGAUUGAUUGGCGGUGGUUAUGUGCCGCUGCUGGCGGCAAUUGUUGUGGCCAUUAUUGGAAUGGCGCUGGUGGUUGCAUUGGCGUGUGUUUUCCGUCAGGAUGUUCGUCUGUGGGCUCAUGCCAAAUAUGGAGUCCGACUAGUUAAAGAUCCUAUAAUUACGGCCGACAAGCAGCAAAAUUGUGACAAACUGUACGACAGCUAUGUAGUGUAUAGCAUCCACGACAACGAAUUCGUAGGCCGGCUGCUGGGCGCGGAACUUCAGCAUUACGGCUAUGCCGUUUGCCUGCAUCAUCGUGACGUGCAUUCCAGUACGUUCCUCUCGGAUUCGCUGCAAAGUGCAGCGGAUGCUUCGAAGAAGAUAAUUCUGGUGGUUUCGAUGAAUUUCCUGCAAAACGAGUGGUCUCAGCCGCAGUUUCGAGUGGCGCUCCAGUCGGUAAUCGAAAACAUCCGACCCGCCUAUAGGAGGCACAAGAUCGUCAUUGUACUGACUGCGCCUGUCGAGUUGGUUGCCAUGGAUCCCAUCAUGAAUCUCCUGAUACGAACCUGUACCGUAGCUUGCUGGGGAGAGCGUAAGUUCUGGGACAAACUGCGGUACGCUCUACCGGACGUCAACAAGGACAAGGCGCUGAAGAAACUCGGCGACAUUACGCGAAGUCCCAACCUGCGGUACACUCCGGCUCCGACCGCUCUGGACCAGUGGUGCAAGAUGGCCCAUCCAGGGAUGGCCGUCCCGGUUGCUGUGCCCCAAAGCACCCCCUCACAGAGUACCUGCAACACGGAGGACGAGUCGUCUUCAGCGUCUUCGCAGCAUUACGAGGCUCCCAUGAGUCAGCACUACAACAUGAGCCGGUCUAGUGCCUCGCUUGGUCACGUGUACUCCACGAUACCGGAGACGCCCCAGCUCGGGCGCAACGGAAGAGCUUAUUUCGUGUAA